UUCUUGGCAAAAGGUCUUUGUGAAGCGAUGGCGGGAAUCCCGGAUGGGGGGGAACACCAUGUGAUUGCUGCGGUUCAUCACCUGGUGAAGGCCCUCGAGGCGACUACGAUAUUGAGCAAUGAUAAUGUUAUAAGAACACUUCUAGCAGAUCUGGACACCCAUUUGUCGACAAUGAUCAGGGUCGAUGAGGCUGAAGCAGAGAAUAUUAGAGAAAUCGAGACUAGGCUCAUGUCGGCUCAGCACACCAUCAUGAGUUUGCAUUCAAACCACUCAAGGAUAUGGGAUUCUACCUGUGUCAUAGUGUUGGAGUACUUACAGGCAGUUGCUGAGGUCCAGAGAUUGGCAGAAACGUUGCAGAAUAUGCCAUUACAGAGAAGCAGCAGAAGUAAGGAACUUUUCGAUCAGGCACACAGUAUUCUGCAGAUGGCUAUGGCCAGGCUCCAAGAAGAGCUCAUCCAUAUUCUUGUCCAAAAUAAGCAAUAUUUUGAUCAUGAAUGCGUCUCCCUCCUGUCUUGUGAACAGAAUCCCAUAUAUGAGGAGGAAUCAGUUGUCCCAAACGAAGAUGAGUUGUUUGAGAAUGCAUCUCAAACGGAGAGCAGCAGCAUAGAGAAUGAGGAAUAUGUGAUGGAUUUGAUCCAUCCAGAUGUGGUACCUCAUAUAAAGUCCAUUGCUGAUGUAAUGUUCGCUUCUGGCUACAAUCAAGAGUUCUGUCAGGCUUUCUGCGGGUUCUGGAGGGACACGUUCACCGAGUAUUUGACAAUUCUUGACGUCGAACAGUUCAGCAUCGAAGAUGUGCUCCAGAUGGAGUGGAAAUAUUUGAACUCCAGAAUCAGGAUGUGGCGCCAUGCGGUAAAGAGCAUCAUCAGCAUCUAUCUUGCUAGCGCAAAGCGGCUGUUCAACCAUGUUCUGGGAGAACACGGCCAUAUCAGUUCAGCUUGCUUAAUCGAGGCCUCAAAAGCUCCUAUCCUGUGCCUCUUGAAUUUUGGUCAGGCUGUGUCCAUUGGACCUCAUAAACCAGAAUGGCUCUAUUGCUUGCUUGAUAUGUAUGAGGUUUUGGCUGCUCUUGUACCGGAUGUGGAUGCUUUGUUUCCCGAAGAGAUUGGCUCGUUGGUCAGGGUUGAGUUCUACGAGCUUUUGAGGAGGCUAGGGGAUUCUGCCACCGUCAUCUUUAAAGAGUUAGGGAACCAUAUUGCCCUGUGCUCGUCUACAACCCCGUUCCCGAGUGGUGGUAUUCACCCUCUCACCAAGUAUAUCAUAAACUACAUCAUGUGUUUCGCAGAGUACGGGGAUACUCUCAAUUUACUCCUUCAAGCUCCAGAAACAGUAAACUCAGAUGUUGGGCAGAAUGCAGUUGCUACUCACCUGCAGUCGUUGAUAUUGAUAUUAGAAGCCAACUUAGAUGAAAAGUCCAAGUUAUACAAAGAAAGCCCGUUGAAACACAUCUUUAUGAUGAAUAACAUCCACUACAUGGUUCAAAAGAUUUGGGACUCAAAAAUUGUCCGCUACUUUGGUGAUGACUGGAUCAGAAACCAUGUUGGGAAAUUCCGGCAGCAUGCAAUGUGCUACGAACGAGUCACAUGGAGUUCUAUUCUUGCCUUGCUCCGUGACGAUGGGAUAACAGGGAAGGCAACUCUAAAGGCAAGAUGCCGGGAUUUCGCUGCUGCUUUUGAGGAUGUGCAUAAGAACCAAACGAGAUGGCGUGUCCCAGACCCUCGACUUCGCGAAGAUCUGAGGAUCUCAGCUUCAAAGUCAGUCAUCCCUGCAUACCGGAACUUUGUUAGUAAGAUCACCAGUUCGAUUGGUGAAAAGCAAAUUAAGUACACUGUACAAGACUUGGAAACUUACAUCCUGGAUCUUCUUGAGGGUUCAUCAAAGUCGUUGAACCAUUCGCGGAGGAGAUAAAUAGGGAUAACAUCAAUGUGUUUGUCCAAAAGUUAUUCUAAUCCUUGUUUGUUUUUCUGUAACAUUUCAUCUCAAGCUGUUAGCAUAAAUUUUGUGAUCACCUCCUGUAUAUGUUACACCAUCAUAAGUACAAGAAAUGUAGGAAAUACCAGCACAGAACUGAAUACAUGAGCUUACUUAUGAUUCUGCUUACUUCUGAAAAGAUGUUCCUGCAUAUCAUUCUGAGCUUUGCCCGUGUCAGUAUAUUCAUCGAACAUUGCAAUAAGGAUUGAUCGUGGUUAAGAUA